UUUACAUACCUUCUUUUUUAUUCAUUACAUACCUUCAACUCGUUGAGUUACUGAGUUAGGUUAGGGUUUAUCGGGAGAUAGUACUUCAAUCGCUCUACUCCAAUGGCCAAACCCGCCCGCGGCCGCCCGGCGUCGCCGUCGGGAUCAGAUUCUCGCUCUUCUUCCCGCUCUCGCUCUCGUUCCAUUUCCCGUUCCCGCUCCCGUUCUUACUCCGGCUCAGGCUCCCGCUCCCGCUCCUCUUCCAGGUCGCGCUCCCGCUCUAAAUCCAUAUCCUCCUCCUCCUCUCUUUCUCGCAGCGGCAGCUCCCGCAGCCCUCCGCCGCGGAAAAGUCCUGCUGAAGGGGCCAGGAGAGGUCGCUCACCUCCACCACAAACUAAGAAAUCUUCCCCACCUCCAAGGAAAGCUUCACCUGCUCCUGAAUCUCUUGUGCUGCAUGUGGACCAGCUCAGUAGGAAUGUUAACGAAAACCACUUGAAAGAAAUAUUCGGUAAUUUUGGUGAAGUGGUGAAUGUACGGGUGGCAAUGGAUCAUGUUGUUAACCUUCCCAAAGGAUUUGCGUAUGUUGAGUUCAAGAUUAGGGCAGAUGCUGAAAAGGCCCAGUUAUAUAUGGAUGGUGCUCAAAUUGAUGGUAAAGUUGUUAGGGCGAAGUUUACAUUACCUGAGAGAAAGAAGGUUGCUUCUCCUCCCAAAGCUGUUGCAACCACAUCAAGGAGAGAUGCCUCAAAAGCCGAGGACACUGCUGUGGAUGGUGAUAGAGAUGAUGAAAAACGCCUAAGAGAUGUUUCUCCUCGUCGGAAGCCACUCUCUCCACCUCGAAGGAGAUCUCCUGGACCACGAAGAGGAUCUCCUGGACCACGAAGAGGAUCUCCUGGACCACGAAGGGGAUCUCCUAGACGAGAGCAAGAUUCUCCUCCCCCACCUCGCCGUAGAGCUGAUUCUCCUUACCGACGAGGUGACUCCCCUCCAAUUAGGAGAAGGGCUCCUCUAUCUCCUGCUAGAGGCCGCUCACCUUCUCCUCCGAGACGCUUCAGGUCACCGCCAAGGUCAUCUCCAAGAAGAAUACGUGGUAGUCCUGUUCGUCGGCGAUCUCCUCCUCCACCUAGGCGGCGUUCACCAAGACGUCUCCGAAGUCCUCCAAGAAGGUCUCCUGUUGGUCGCAGACGUAGUCGCUCUCCUAUGAGGAGGCCUGCUCGUUCACCAUCACGAUCACCCUCUCCUAGAAGAGGUCGAGUGCCACCUUCUAGACGUGGGAGGUCUUAUUCUCCGUCACCUAGUCCACCACGCAGGGGACCUCGUAGGGUAUCACGGAGCCGUAGCCCUCGAAGGCCUAUCAGAGGGAGGAAUAACAGCAGCAGCAGCAGCAGCACCAGCAGCUCUCCUCCACCUAAGCCAUAAAUCAUGAUACAACCUAGCUGAGUUGGACUUUCAGCAGUGCUAUAUGCUUUUGGGGGAAAAUUGAGAUCAAAAUCUGACUUGUAAUCCCUAAUUUGUACCUGGCUGUUGCAGAUGCUACGAUACUUUGCCAAUUAGAAAAUUUCUUCUAUGUUGAAUCAUUGUUAUGAAAGAAAUCAUUUGUAGUUAACAAUUCUGACAUGUUUGGCAAGGUUUGAUAAUUUUCUUGAUUGUAGGGUUCUUAUGUUUGAGAACAUAAUUUCAGAUUAUCAAUUGGAUCGAACCUUCUCUAA